AUGCCUUCGUUCAAACGAAUUGAUUUUGACGAUGCGCUAACUGAGGAAAGAAAACCCGCAUGGAAGCUGUGGCAAGAUUCAAUUAAGGAUUCCUAUCAUACGGUUCGAAAAAAUGCUGAAAGAAAAGUUGAAGAAACGGCAUUCAAUAAUUUGCAACUUGCUCGUCGUUGUGAAAGAAGAUCUGCAAGUCCGUUUGAGGAGUUAGCUAGUCACAGUGCAUUUGUUCAAAGGCCAAGCUACCGCACGUUAUGCCAUCAAGCUGCUGGCGUUUCCCAUAAAACGGGUCCGUAUGCUGCUCCAGCUGUAUCCUCUUCACAAGGAAUUGAGGCCCAGUAUCGCGAAAAAGCGAGUGACAUUGAAGCCCGUCUGCUGAAAACAUCAGUUUUACCUGAUUCCAUGAAAAUUAUUACAACACGUGAUUUUCGAAAUGGACCAACUCCAACACCUGCUAGUGCCUCGGAGGCAUUCGCCGAUGAAACUGAUUUUCAGUUAAGCUAUCUUAUACUUAAUCAGAGUAUUUGCGUGCAUGUGGUUGAAUAUUGA